AUGUCGGUGUUGAUUGAAAAUCCCGCCGCUUGUGAAAUCAGAUCUGCCAUUCGUUUUCUGAAUGCGAGGAAAGUGAAACCUAGUGAAAUUUAUCGGCAAAUUUGCGAUGUUUAUGGACCAAAAGCAAUGAGUGAUUCAAUGGUGAGAAGAUGGGUCCGAAAGUUCAAUGACGGACGUAGUGAUGUGCACGAUGAAGAACGAAGUGGGCAUCCAUCUUUGGUUACAGAAGAACUGGUUCACGUGUUUGAGAUGACAAGAUCCAUGAAAAACGAAAGUUUACAAUUAGUGCUCUCGCUAUGGAAUUUCCCCAAAUUCACGAUCACUAAUGUAUUAAAUUGUUACCGAAAAACUGAAAUUUCGUAA